CCGACGUGCGCCGCAGCCCAUUUUAUUGAAUGAUACAGUGAUACUGGAGGGAUGAGGCAGAGCGCACUUGCCUGUGUUGACACUGGACGGAUAUGCGGCGAUGCACUUGCGUGUAAAGCGUUUGCAGCUUUCUCUAACCAGUCACGGAGAGAUUUCGCCUCGGAUGAGAGAUUAGGACGAGUAAGAAGAGCGAUCAGCAUCAAUAAAACGAGCUGUAGCCUAUCUUUUUGGUCCUUUGCGUCCACUCGGCGGCGGCGGCCCGUCGAUUCUCAGAGGAAGCCGGGGGCUGGAUUUGAAACGUCGCAGGGAUGUGCUGAAAGCUUGAUGAUGAAAGGAGGAAGAGGAGGAGAGAUAUGGAGGACAGGUUUUAAUUAGACCCUUGAAAUCCAGUGGAGUCUGAGGUCAGGAGGUGAUGGCAGUGCUGCCUGUGCUUCCCCACCACUGCUACCUGUUCCUACAGAUCGACGCCUCCUUCCUGCACGCCUGAGCGGUCCUCAGUGCUAACUCCUUGACUCCUUCCCCUCCUCUCCUUCUGCCGUUCCUUACUCAUUUCCCACCUCUUCCUUCACCCUCAUCGUGUUGUCACCCCACCACCCCCACUCCCACCCGCCUCCAUUUAUUUUCUCCACGUUGACUUUUACUGCACAACCUCAUUAUGGCGUGCUGUGGGCGCUCGCUGGACUCCCCAUGCACACUGGCCCUGCUGGUGGGCUUCCAAUUUGCCUUUGUUCUCUAUUUCUCCCUCGGGGGCUUCAGGGGCCUGGUGUCUGUUCUGGUGCACACCACAGAGCCGGAGUUUGAUUACUCUCGACCUCACGACGUCUAUACCAACCUCAGUCAUCUGGGAGUGCCGCCUCCCCUGCCUCGCAACUCUGGCACUGGACCCCCUGCCACGGGACCGCCGCUGAGAGACUGCCAGAUCCCCUCCCCGCUGCUGGUCGGACCUGUGUCUGUCCAUCUUUCCUCUCCUUUGUCUUUGGAGGAGAUAAGACAGAGGAACCCAUUGGUGUUGCCAGGCGGACGCUACCGGCCUCCAGACUGUGAACCCCGCCACCACACAGCAAUAGUGGUACCAUACCGGAACAGGCAGACCCACCUCCGUGCCCUCCUCUAUCACCUCCACCCCUUCCUGCAAAGACAGCAGAUCCACUACAGCAUCUAUAUAGUACAGCAGUGGGGGAACGGUACUUUUAACCGAGCCAAGCUGUUGAAUGUUGGGGUGCGGGAGGCCCUCAGAGAUGAAGACUGGAGCUGCAUCUUCCUGCAUGAUGUUGACCUACUGCCUGAGAAUGACCACAACACCUACACCUGCCACAAACAGUUCCCCACACACCUGUCUGUGGCCAUGGACAAGUUCAGAUACAGGCUGCCGUACCCACAGUAUUUUGGUGGGGUGUCUGCAGUGACCCCAGACCAGUACAUGAAGAUGAACGGCUUCCCUAACCAGUACUGGGGCUGGGGUGGAGAGGAUGAUGACAUUGCUGCCAGAGUACGUCUGUCUGGCAUGAAGAUCAUGCGCCCUCCAGUGGCCAUUGGUCAUUACAAGAUGAUCAAGCAUAAAGGAGACAAAGGCAAUGAGCAAAACCCACGCAGAUUUGACCUUCUGAAAAGGACCAGACUUAACUGGCGCUCUGAUGGCCUGAACUCUCUGAGCUAUGAGCUCCUUUCCAAAGAGCUGGAGCCUCUCUACACCAACCUCACGGUCAACAUUGGAGAAGACCCACGUCUGCCCCCAGGAAAAACGCCCAUCCAUGUGAAAACAACAACCCCUGCUCACCAACGUAGCACCAGCAAGACGGAAGCAGUGAAACAGGAGAAAAGGCGAGAGGGCCAUGGAGCUGUGGCGUCAAAUUUGACUGUGGUCAAGGCAGUGGGUGAAAAGACAGACUCUACACAAUCAAAGGCAGGAAAUCAAACGACACAGGAGAAUACAGGUGUUAAGAAAUAGGAUGAUGUGUAUAAUGAAAGGACUGUGUCUCAUCUGUAGCAUAAAGCGGCGCUCCCCUUCGUUUUGAUCCGAAAGACAAUAUGAAAAAAAGCAGUGUAUCUGUUUUGUUGUGGGACCAGCUUUCUAUGCUCAGUAUAGGUUAGGUAAAGUAAAGAAGCCACUGUUCUCUGCAGAGUGCAUUCAGGAACACGACUGAGUCGCAUUUGGUUUAUCAUCCUGUGAAUGUGACUCGUGGCUGACACGAGUCUGUGGUCAGGCUGACGACCAGUUUGGGGCCCGGAGAACGGUGAAGGACUCAGUCGGAUACACGUGGAGGUCCAAAAGAAACUAAAUGAAAAUGACACAGCAAAUAUAUAAAUCUGUGCUCUUUUCCAGACAUUGCAAGUUGCAAGCAACCCAUGUGCUGCCAGCAGAACCCUAGCUUCACCCAGUUUGCUCCCAAAAAAACUGCUGCUGUCAGUACACCCCACCUCACCGUGGGUUUGUGUUUCUGUGCCUUCUCUCUUUUAUGCUCAUUUUCUAGACUGGUAUAGUUGCUUUUAGACGCUGACCUCGGAUUAAUUUUGCCUCUCUUGCGUAACGGCAAAUGUUAGAAAGCUGGGAGGCCAAAGCUGAUCCUAGAUCAGAACAAGUGAUUUGUUCCAGGACUGCCAUUUUCUAUUUGUGUGCAUUGAUCAAGCGCUGACCAACUCCAUAGUUGAGAGACAAUUCUAAAGUUUAUAUUUAUAUAGAGAGACUUCUUUAUUUGUUUACUGUUUUGCUUUAUUUGUCCUUAGAGUCUGGUGCCUCUUUCGCAGACAUUUAGUUUCUAGACAAUCAAAUCAUAUGGUAAGAUAAUUCUGUAUUCCACCACAUAACAACGUGAGGAAAUAUUUUCAUGACUAUCUGUACACCUGUCAGAUAAACAUAGACUUGGCAUGGUAGUUGUUGUCUAGUUUGACUAUACUCUUGAUACAUGGUUAGACUUGUGCUUCUGAUAUUAUCUGUGAUUUUCUUAUUUGUUCUUUUAGAUUAGUCAGGUAUGGAAAAAAAAAAGCAAAAUUGCGGAUGAUAUUGUAAGCACGUGACUACAGGUUUGCCCAUUUGGAUUGUGUUUUAAUAAUAUAAGAGGUUGUAGUUACGAUAAAGCACUGUGUAUAGCUCUAAGUCAGCUUUUUACUAGCCUGACAUCUUUACAGAGGGUCUUUCAGUAUAUUGUGAAAGUCCCUGGUGCAUCUAAAAGCUACAAAUUACACCUUAUCUUUGUUCGUUUGCUAGAAUUAAGCUUUUGUGUCUCAAAGGAAAGGAGACAAGGAAGGAGGAAACACGAAUAUUUGCCUGAUAAUUGAAUUCUCUUAUUCUGAGGGCUGCCAAAUUAGGACCAGUAUGUGGGAAUAUUUGUGUCACCAGGUCAUUUAUCACCUAUAUGUGUGAUUUAAAAGCCGCUGCAUCUCUCACAUAUUGAGGUUUUUUUUUUCCGUAUCAGCCAUAUGGAAUGUAUUGUUUUGAGUUCUCAUCCUAGUUCACCUUUUGUGAGGUGUGGGUUUAGCUGUUGAGCUUAGUUUGUGGUCAGGGAUUUGAAUCAUAUCAGGUAGGAUAAGACUUCUUGCUGCUGUUUGACUAGGGAAAUGGUUAACUGUAUAAUAUUAGCUUGAAAUAUUGACAUACUGUAACGCAGUUUUCCUUGUGUGGAACUGUGUUUUAUCAUACUAACAGGUAAUGUAUUACAUAUUCUAAUUUGAAUGUAAUUUAUUUAUUCAUUUAUUUAUUGAGUCAGAUCAGUGCACAGACUCCUAAAGUGUGUAUUUGUUUAAGGGGUUCAAAGGCCAUUCUCCACUGGAGAGCUGAUUAUUAUCCCUUUAUAUUAUAUCUCCAUGUAUCUUAUGUGAACAUUGUGCCUCAUGAAAUAAGCCCAUAAUACUGAAGGAUUGAAGACUUAAUUCUGGGUUACAUGUGAGCGCCCUCAGGUGGCACCAGCUGGCAUAGUGCGAGCCUAGAGGAACCAAGGACUGAAUGAAGCUGCAAUGUUGUGACAUGAAUGUUAAUCAGAAACGGUUGCCAUUCACAGGUUUCAGCCAAUCAAGUCUUUACAUCGCUCUGUGUGGAUGGUUUCUUGUUUGCGUAGUAACACAUGACUGAUCCUGGCAGCUUAAAGGUGUAGAGUGACUCUACUAAAAACUAAAAACUACAUGGUGAGUCUUUCAUGAAUGGAUUUAGUUUUAUAGAAGGAUUAUAUGUUUAUUUAUGAUUACCGUAAAUAUUGAUUUAAACCUAGAGCGCUGUACAAACAGAUGGCAGAGUACACUGAGAGAUAAUAAGGCCUCAAUUCUUAGCUUUGUACUACAUGAUAAUUUAGUUGCAUAUCAGUAGAUAUUGUAUCCUCCAUCUAUCAUAUUGCCUGUUACAACACCUGUAUGACAUGAAGCAGUGACCUACUGCAAGCAUUUAAUGCCAUUAUGUAAUCUCUGCAGAUUAAUCAGCAAACUGUGUGCUUACCUGGAGAUUGUUCUAUAUUUAAUAAAUAGGCUAGUUUUUAUAAAGGAUGUUUUUGCAUAUAUGUUGGAAAUAUAUACUGUGUAGUUGAAUGCAAAUUCAGUGAAUGGGACUGAAACGUCUUCGUUACAUUUUUUAUUUAAAGAGAUUAUGAGUUUGAGAUAUGUAGAUGUGAAAACCAACUCACUAGAAAGACGGGAUGCUUGUGUUCGUCAUGGCAAAUGAAGCAUAACUAAUACAUUGCAUCAGUUACAGUGAAGAACCGUGAUAUUUGUAUAAUGCAGUGACACCUGUAGUCAUCUUAUGUUGCCUCAUUUAAUGACCUUUCCUUUAUGAAAGAUUCUGUCUGUGUAUGUGUGUGUGUGUGUGUGUGUGUGUGUGUGUGUGUGUGUGGAGAGAGAGGGAGAGAGCAAGGUCAUCAAAAAGGCAACAGACACAAGCAGUGAACUAUGAUGGACAGUGUUGUGACAGCAAGCAAAUAUGUCUACCAAUAAAAACACAUCAUGAAAUGUG